AAGGGCCACAAGGGGCUGCCUCUUUCUCUAAAGCAAAACUAAAGAGAUUUACGUACGUAUUAACACAUUUACAGCAUCAAAUCUCAUCAACGCCAACCCCUAUAUACAUCUCCGCCUCACAAUUCAUCUAUUCUAAAUUCUCGAAUUUUCUUCCUAUCAUAAUUUCCCCUUAGAUUCUUCAUCCGUGUCACAGACUAAUCAUAUUGGAUGUCUGUUAUUUACUAAUUUCAUGAUUCGAUCUACAAUUUGUACGCAUAAACUUUAUGAUUGCUAAUUUUGGUUUGCUUGAAAAGUGGAGGGGAUGGUGAGAAGAUUGGUGGCGCGAUUUUAUUAAGAUAUAAGAAAUGCCAGGAUUAGCUCAGAAAAAUGACCAGAAAUUUGCCAACGGAGCGGUGUCGUUUAACGGAUCCGUUUCCGGCAGUGGAUUCUGGUCCAAACAUCGCGACGAUGUCAGCUACAAUCAGCUCCAGAAGUUUUGGAGUGAGCUUCCACCCCAAGCUCGACAGGAGCUUAUGAGGAUUGAUAAGCAAACCCUUUUUGAGCAAGCUCGUAAGAAUAUGUAUUGCUCUAGAUGCAAUGGGUUAUUGCUGGAAGGUUUUUGGCAAAUUGUCACGUAUGGAAAGUCUUUGCAACAGGAGGGAGCAUGCAUUCAUCAUGCUUGGGCUGGAAUAGGAACCUUGAAAAGUCAAGGUGAAGAUGAUUUGCAUGAUCCGUCUGUCCAUCCCUGGGGAGGUCUAACCACAACUCGGGAUGGAGCCCUUACCCUGCUAGACUCUUAUACGUUAACAAAAUCUUUGAAAGGACUCCAAAAUGUUUUUGACAGUGCACGUGCAAGGGAACGUGAACGGGAAUUGCUUUAUCCUGAUGCAUGUGGUGGAGGCGGUAGAGGUUGGAUAAGUCAAGGAAUGGCAGGUUAUGGAAGGGCUCAUGGAACAAGAGAAACAUGUGCACUUCACACUGCCAGACUUUCUGUUGAUACGUUGGUAGAUUUUUGGUCAGCACUUGGAGAAGAGACUCGGCAUUCCCUUCUAAGAAUGAAAGAAGAAGACUUUAUUGAAAGGCUCAUGUACAGAUUCGAUAGCAAGAGGUUUUGUAGAGACUGCCGAAGGAACGUUAUUCGUGAGUUCAAGGAGCUAAAGGAACUUAAGAGGAUAAAGAGAGAACCUCGUUGCACCAGCUGGUUUUGCGUAGCAGAUACAGCAUUCCAAUAUGAGGUUUCCUGUGAUACAAUUCAAGUAGAUUGGCAUCAAACCUUCAUCGACACCUUUGGUACAUAUCAUCAUUUUGAAUGGGCAGUUGGAACUGGAGAAGGAAAAUCAGAUAUCUUGGAGUUUGAGAACGUUGGUUUGAGUGGAAGAGUUGAAGUGAAUGGCCUAGACCUCAGUGGGCUGAGUGCAUGCUAUAUUACUCUCAGAGCGUGGAAAAUGGAUGGCCGUUGCUCUGAGAUUUCAGUGAAAGCUCACUCUAUGAAGGGGCAACAGUGCAUACAUUGCAGGCUGGUGGUGGGUGAUGGUUAUGUUACCAUAUCAAGAGGGGACAACAUCAGAAGGUUUUUCGAGCAUGCUGAAGAGGCAGAGGAAGAAGAGGAUGAUGAUUCCAUGGAUAAGGAUGGAAGUGAUCUCGAUGCUGAGUGCACCCGCCCUCAAAAGCAUGCAAAGAGUCCUGAACUUGCUCGUGAGUUUCUUCUUGAUGCUGCAACUGUAAUUUUCAAGGAGCAGGUUGAAAAAGCCUUCAGAGAGGGAACAGCACGCCAAAAUGCUCAUAGUAUAUUUGUGUGUCUUGCAUUAAAAUUACUGGAAGAGAAGGUGCAUGUGGCAUGCAAGGAUAUAAUCACUUUAGAGAAACAGAUGAAACUACUUGAAGAAGAAGAGAAGGAAAAACGUGAAGAAGAAGAACGGAAGGAACGGAGAAGAGUGAAAGAAAAGGAGAAAAAGCUUCGAAGGAAGGAGAGAUUAAGGGAGAAGGAAAAGGAUAGAGAGAGGAAAUGUUCUGACUUGAACCAAUCUCAUUCUGAGAUUCUAAAGGAGGAAUUGACAUCUUGCAUCGAUGAAGAAGAGUCAGCUGUUAUUGACAGCGAGCACUCUGGGAGUAAGACAGAUGAAGCCAUCACAUCAAGUCCUUCAUCUGAAAACAUUCAAAUCGACAUACCUUUAAAUGGACACACUUCUUCAGUUACCUCACUUUACACAGAUGGAUGUACCAAUGAUGAUUUCAGCAGUUUGAAAGAUGAAAGUGAGUCUUGUCAACAGAGCGAAUUUAGAUAUUCUCGCCAAAAAAUGAAGUUCUGGAAAGAAGUUCAAGUUGAUUCAGGGUUGAAAUGCUCAGAUAGGCAGCCGUUCAUUUCGGAAAACAGGGAUAUGGUUAGACAACACGAAGCAAGACGGCAUUGUGAUAGACUUAACAAGCAACCAAGAAGUAAUGUGAGAAAUGGUGGACCCAAGUUUGCUCAUUGCCCUAACCCUCGACUGAAUGACAGAUACGACUUCCAUUCUUGCAGCUGUAACCAACAGACUGAUUACAGAGUGAAGAUAGAACCAUCUUCCAUGGCGGCCAGAGGCAUCUGGGAGGCUAAACCAGUGAGCAAGUCAGGUUCUUCAAUAGAUAUGUCCAAGCAGUAUGUUAUGCGUGAAAAUUAUGCAAACCCUAAAAAUAAAGUUAUUACUGGAAACGGUUACCGUUCAAACAGGGAUUUGCCUGCCACCAAGAAAGUAUGGGAGCCAAUAGUUACAUUUAGACCAUCUACAUUUUGUACAGAAGCCGUCAAAAUCGAUAAGCAUCCCAAGUCUUCUUCUCCUUCCAGCAGCUCUGAUGAAAUGUCUGAGGUUUCUGUUCAAAACAGUCCUGAAGAGACUGGUAAAAAUGGUUCCGGAAAAUCUAUCAUCCAAUCAGUUAAUGGUUUCCAAUGUGAUGAAGUGAAGUCCCCACUGUGUCUUAAGGAAGUAUCCAAUGUGGAAGCAGAAUCAUCAUCCAACACUUCUGAUAAUUGCUCAUCCUGCCCCAGUGAGGGAGACAGCAAUACCUCCUCAUCUGUGAAUGUCCUUAACCCUGAAUCUUCAUCGACCUCAGAUUCCGAAGAUUCUAGUCUAAAUUCAGAAGAAAGACUGCCAUGCCUUCAAAGUGGUAAAAAGCAAUCCAUGGAGAGCUCAGUUUGUGUUAAUCAACUCCCACCCAGUAGUACAACAUCUUCUUAUGCUUCUUCAGUUGCCCCCCAUGGUGAUGAAAGAUCACGGGUUACUUUGGGAAUUCAACAACAACCAGUACAUCCUCCACCGGUUCAUAAUAAUAGUAAUAAUCAGAACGUUCACUUUCCAAUGUUUCAAGCUUCUACAAUGGGUUACUACUAUCAGAGUCCGGUUUCAUGGGCAGUUCCACCGGCGAGUAGUUUGAUGCCAUACCCCCAUCCCACCAGCCACUAUGUAUUCACAAGCCCUUUUGCGUAUGGUAUGAACGUUAGCUCACCGUAUAUGCAGUAUGGUGCUGGCUUUCAGCCUUUCCCUCAACCACUGUUUAGUAGUCCUCCCCCUCCCCCUCCUGGUCAUCAUUUAACUGUGCUCCAACCUGCUUGUCAAUCUAACAAUGAUGAUUUAAAAGAGAACAAGAUUUACAAUCAAGGGGGUGCUGGGAUGAAAGAUGAACACAAUGAAGAUAUAAGGGGGCAAAGUGUGAAGUGUAACAAAAAAGUUGAUGCGGUGGGGGGUUCAGCCUUCUCUCUUUUUGCCUUCUCUGAUCCUACUUCUGUUAAAGAAGGGACUGUUGGGAAUUUCACAUCAAACUUACCAAGGGAUGACAUAAAAGGUGGUGAACAUGGCUGCGAUAAGAAGGGCCCCAUGGAGGAAUACAAUCCAUUUGCAAAUGGCAUCAAGUUUUCGUUCUCUGAUAUAGUUAAAUAACCUCAAUGAGGUAGCUGCACUUCUUUUUGUAAAGAAAGAAUUUGCAGUUUCUGUUCUAAUACACCGAGUGAUAUGGAAGUUUGAGCAUUUGUAUUAUGGCACACAAUAAUGCAUCUCUGAACAGUUUGGCCUCCUUUUUUCGCGAUUUUUAGUUGAUUGGAUCAUUUUUCAUUGUUUUUAAAUUCUAUUUUAGACAGAAAGAAGGGUUGAGAGAAUGUCGUAGUACAGUUUAUAAGGUUUUCUAUAUUCAAUCAGUUUUUCGAAAGGAGAUUAAUGGAACAUUUGGCUUGAUUUUCUAAUGGUAUAUUUUCUGUUUUUGUUUUUUCAUA